UGUAUUUUUCAUUUCCUUUAAUGAAAAGUUUAUAAUUUUUGAAUAUUUUUUUUUCACCGAAUGUUAGUUAGCGGUCUACUGCAUCUUAGAUCCAAAGCAAAAUCGCCCAAAUUUCCAAAAUCCUGAAAAUCAAAAACCUUUUCACAUCUCUUCUCUUCAACUUUCUCUCACUACUCCUUCUCUCUUCACAUGUAUAAAAGGAGGGAAAAUGAAUUGAACAGAAUUGAAUUCAGUCUCGCGGCCAAUUAAUCCCCCUGCGGUCGGAGCAGCAUUUUUCAGAUCGCGGCGGCGCAGCCUCUCUCAGAUCUAAGCUGCGGAAUCGGAAACCGGUAUUGAAUUCUUCGACAGCGGGUUGAUAUCUCGUAGCCUGCCUGGGGUGGUUGGUUGAUGAAGAACGGGAUGAUAGAGUGCAGUGUCUGUCAUUCCAAAUUGGUUAAUCCAUCCACUAAGGCUGUUUCGCGAGCUUAUGAUCGACAUAGGAGCAAGGUUUCGUCAAAACAGCGGGUGCUUAAUUUCUUGUUAGUUGGCGGUGAUUGUGUCCUAGUUGGUUUACAGCCUGUUCUGGUUUAUAUGUCAAAGGUUGAUGGCCGCUUUGCAUUUAGCCCCAUUAGUGUCAACUUUUUGACGGAGGUUAUGAAAGUUUUUUUUGCAAUUGCAAUGCUUAUAUUCCAGGCUAGGAGACAGAAGGCUGGUGAGAAGCCGCUUCUCUCAAUCUCCACGUUCAUUCAGGCUGCUCGUAGUAAUAUGCUACUUGCCGUUCCAGCCCUUCUUUAUGCUAUUAAUAAUUACCUGAAGUUCAUUAUGCAGCUGUAUUUCAACCCUGCAACAGUAAAAAUGUUAAGCAAUCUAAAGGUUUUAGUGAUUGCUGUACUUUUGAAGGUCGUUAUGAAACGUCGAUUUUCAAUAAUUCAGUGGGAAGCUCUUGCAUUGUUGCUGAUUGGUAUCAGCAUAAAUCAACUUAAAUCCUUACCUGAAAACACCGCUGCUUUGGCUCUUCCAGUCACAACUGUUGCAUAUGUGUAUACUUUGAUAUUUGUUACUGUUCCUUCUAUGGCCUCAGUCUUCAAUGAAUAUGCUCUGAAAAGCCAAUAUGACACAAGCAUUUAUCUUCAGAACUUAUUUUUGUACGGAUAUGGCGCUAUAUUCAACUUUCUCGGAAUUCUUGGAACUGUCGUAAUAAAAGGUCCUAGCAGCUUUGAUAUAUUAGAAGGACACUCAAAAGCAACCAUGCUUUUAAUAUGUAACAAUGCAGCGCAGGGAAUACUAUCCUCCUUUUUCUUCAAAUAUGCUGAUACAAUUUUGAAGAAGUACUCGUCUACUGUAGCCACAAUAUUUACAGGCAUAGCAUCUGCUGUCAUGUUUGGCCAUACAUUGACCAUAAAUUUUAUGUUGGGGAUUUCAGUUGUUUUCAUUUCAAUGCACCAGUUCUUUUCGCCUCUUUCAAAAGUUAAGGAUGAUGAGUCAAGUGGUGUGCUUGAGAAAGUGAAUGUUCAGGAUGAUCAUAGGUCAAGUGAUUCAUCCUUCAUAGAAAUAGCUGCUGGAGCUAAUGAGGAGGCUAGUCAUCGUGUGGGACCUGAUGAAAGACAACCUCUUCUUCCCACCUAAAGUUGCUUUGCUUCAGUAUUUUCGACACUGUCUGUGCAAGAUAUAGAACAGAAGAUAACGCAAUGUUUAUUAGGAAAAGAAGAAGAAGAAUAAAAUGUGAUCGGAUCUCAACACUUCGAAGAAGUACGGUUAGUGUCAUUUUCUCUCUGGCACAUCGAUUCUUCCCCAGAAGAGUUUGAAAAUACGUGGUCGGAGAAUUCAACCUUUGAAGAUAUAUAGGACAAGUGCUACAUGUUUUGUCUGCCGUCUUACUCUUAUAUACCCACAGUGUUAGACUCAUAACUCAUUAUGUAUAUUGAUGAUUUAUAGGUCAAUUAUAAGUUGAUUCAUUUUUUACUGAAGAUAUCUUCAAUCUAUAUGUAUUUUUAAGUCCA